AUGUCUAAAUCGCGUGACGAAGGCGCACCGGCAUAUAAAGAUCCGUUAUCUUUGAGGAAUGCUUCAUAUCACCGUGGAAAGAAAUCUGAUGUGUUUAGCCUUGGAGUCAUACUUUGGGAAAUAUCGAGCGGAGAAACCCCUUGCGACGGGUGUACUGAAACUGUUGGUAUUAUUAUGUAUAGGCUUAAUGGCUCUCGUGAUCCCCCUUUUCCUGGGACACCCGACGAAUAUGUUAAUCUGUAUUCAGAAUGUUGGAACGAAGAC